AUGGUGCCCGCGCUGCUGCCCCUCCUGCUGCUGCCGCCGCUCCUGCCCGCCGCGGCGGGACACCGCUGCCCGUCCCGCUGCGCCUGCAGCCAGGGCGUCCUGCGCUGCCCGCCGCCGCGCAGGGGGGCGCUGCCCGCGCCCGCCCGCGCAUCAUUUACUCACCUGCCUGUAAAAGUAAUCCCAUCACACGCGUUUGAAGGACUUCGAGAUGCCUUCAUCAUUGAAAUCUCUCAGAGCGACUCCCUAGAGAGAAUAGAAACGAGUGCAUUUGACAGCCUUCCCACGUUGUCUGAAAUAUUAAUCCUGAACACAAAAAAUCUGUUGCACAUUGAGGACGGAGCAUUCAGAAACCUUCCAAGGCUAAAAUACUUGAGCAUUUGUAACACUGGAAUAAGACAAUUUCCAGAUCUGACACAGAUCUUCUCAUUAGAAGCUCAUUUUAUUUUGGAACUCUGUGACAACUUGCGUAUGACAACUAUACCGCAAAAUGCUUUCCAGGGGAUGAACAAUGAAUCGCUGACUCUCAAAUUAUAUAAAAAUGGAUUUGAAGAUAUCCACAGCCAUGCCUUCAAUGGGACAAAGCUGAAUCAAUUAAUCCUGAAGGACAACAAGAACCUCAGGCGGAUACACAACGAUGCCCUGAGAGGGGCCACGGGGCCAGACGUCCUGGAUAUUUCUUCAACAGCGCUGGAGUCCCUGCCUAGUUACGGGCUCGAGGCCAUUCAAGUCUUAAAUGCAACGUCAUCUUACUCGUUAAAGAGACUGCCACCGCUGAAUAAAUUCAGCAGUCUUCUAGAAGCUGUUCUAACGUAUCCCAGCCACUGCUGUGCUUUUCGAAAUCUAAGGACAGAAAAACAAAAUUCCUUGCUUUCCAUUUUUGACAACUUCUCCAAAGAGUGUGAAAGCACCAUGAGGAAACCAACUAAUGAAAUACUCUACUCAGCCAUUUUCGAUGACAGCGAAAUGACCGGCUUCGACUUUGAGUAUGACUUUUGUCAGCCUAAAAUACUCACAUGCACUCCAGAACCAGAUGCAUUUAAUCCCUGCGAAGACAUCCUGGGAUACAGCUUUCUCAGAGUCCUAAUCUGGUUUAUAAACAUCCUUGCCAUUGCCGGCAAUUUCACUGUACUCCUUGUUCUUACAACUAGCCAUUACAAGCUCACCGUUCCUCGCUUCCUCAUGUGCAACCUCUCUUUUGCUGAUUUUUGCAUGGGACUUUAUCUGCUACUCAUCGCUUCUGUUGACGCCCAGACCAGCGGUCAGUACUACAACCACGCAAUAGACUGGCAAACAGGCAGCGGCUGCAGCACCGCCGGCUUUUUCACCGUGUUUGCAAGCGAGCUCUCAGUGUACACGCUAACUGUGAUCACUAUAGAAAGGUGGCAUACGAUCACCUACGCCAUGCAGCUGGAUCGAAAGCUACGACUGAGGCAUGCCGUGCCAAUCAUGCUCGGUGGCUGGGUAUUCUCCAUUUUAAUAGCAGUGCUGCCUCUCCUAGGGGUCAGCAGUUACAUGAAGGUCAGCAUUUGUUUACCCAUGGAUAUCGAAACAGGUCUUUCCCAAGCUUACAUACUGCUGAUCUUAGUGCUAAAUGUUGUCGCCUUCAUUGUCAUUUGUGCUUGCUACAUUAAGAUUUACAUAGCUGUUCAGAAUCCAGAGCUGGUAGCUGCCAAUAAAGAUACCAAGGUUGCCAAGAGAAUGGCGAUACUGAUCUUCACGGAUUUUACCUGCAUGGCCCCCAUCUCCUUUUUUGCCAUAUCUGCUGCCUUUAAAGUGCCUCUCAUCACAGUGACAAACUCCAAGAUUCUGCUGGUUUUAUUCUACCCCGUUAACUCCUGUGCAAACCCAUUUCUCUACGCAAUUUUCACCAAAGCAUUUCGAAGGGAUUUCUUUCUGCUGAUGAGCAAGCUUGGUUGCUGCAAGAGCCGAGCAGAGCUUUACAGGAUGAACUAUUUCUCUGCUUAUACCUCCAACUGCAAGAAUGGCAGCUCAGCCUCAGGCCCCAGCAAAGUCUCACAAGCGCUGCUGCUCUUGUCGGCAUUAGAGAAGCCGUAUCCUGCAGUACGAGACAAGACAUCUUACAAUGAAAAUUAA